UCCAGAUCAGAUAUUUUUGAUUUUAUCAAAUCACAGCAACAAACUCCCCCACCGCUAACAAACACCAAACCCUAACCCAAAAACCAAACGUUCCCUUUUCCCUCCCACUUUCUCCUUCUCCACUGUCCGAUCCACUUCAACCACUCGUCAAACUGCCAGCUCGCAGCUCACGCGCCGCUGAGUUGAUGCUACGCGCCACCAAAUCAUUAUGGUUGUGAAUGGGAGACCAAUGAAGAGGAUGAAGACUAGAGUAACAGCCGAUCUCUACGACUUCCUCACAUUUCCCGCCUCAGCUCCUGGAUCUGGCUCGCCGUUGCCGUUCCGUGCCAACAUCAAGGCUUUUCUCGCGAGGCACGCGCUCGUGCCCCCUCCGUCGUCGCUCUUCCCUCAUCUGAUGACGUGGCAGAUUCUGUUCAGAGUCGGUGACGUGGCGACGACGGAGGCCUCCCCUGAUUCCUUCUCCGCCACCGUCUGCCUCGACGUGGUGGAGGAGGACGUGGCGAGAUCUAGAUCCGUCUACUGCGAUCAGUGCCGAGUCGUUGGUUGGAGUGGCAAUCCAGUUUGCUCGAAACGAUACCAUUUUAUCAUUAAAGCUGAUGGUAAUUCCAUUGGUGGGUGUCACAAACCAUGCGCUCGAUGUGGAGAUAUGCAGCACUUGUCGGAUUUGAGGUGCAAGACGUGCUACCAUGUGACAACUGCAGAUGAUGUGGAGGACUGGGUAUAUCACCAGUUGGAGGACACCACUCAUCUUUUACAUGGGGUUGUCCAUUCAAACGGUUAUGGUCACCUUCUCAGGGUCAAUGGGAGAGAAGGAGGUUCAAGGUUCCUUUCUGGAUGUCAUAUCAUGGACUUUUGGGAUCGGCUGUGUAAAGCUCUUAAUGUCAGGAAGAUUAGCAUAAUGGAUGUGUCAAAAAAGUAUGGAUUGGAGUACCGGUUGCUCCAUGCCAUCACAAAGGGUCAUCCAUGGUAUGGUGGUUGGGGUUAUGAUUUUGGUGCUGGCAGCUUCGCCCUCACUCUGGAUGCCUAUAAAUUAGCUGUUGACACCCUCUCCAGCCUUUCCUUGUCUGACAUUCUAUGUGAAGGAUGGAGACCUCACACUCGCCUGCAGGAUUUAAUCUCAUUUUACCAGUCUUUAUCAGAGAAUAAGCUUGCUACCAUGAGGGACCUCUUUUGUUUUUUGAUGAAGUUGAUCCAUGACGCUCACAAGUCUCGCCCUUUGACAGAUAAUGUCUCAUAUAAGAAGCCUCGUGUAAGUGCCUCUGGGGAUGUCAACUCUUGGACCAGUGCUGAUGUUGAACGGGUUGAAGAAGCAAUGUUUAGAGUGCUUAGGGCAGUGUCUGAAUCCAACUGGGUAAAUUCCCGUUCUCUUAGGGGAGCUGUCUGUAAAGGUGGUCCUCCAGAGCUUCUUGAUCAUUGCCUCCAGGAACUUGCUGGAAAGCUGUCAGCAGAAGGAAUGGUUGUUAAUGCAAGAUGCCAUCCUGUUUCAGGUGCUGUUCAGUACAGACUUGAACCUCAAAAUGUUAGUGUAAUGGCUAGUUGUGAUGACACUGCUGUUGCUAAUGCUAAGUGUCCAUCUGAGGAAGUUCUGAAGUGGGACCUUAAAUUCCUGUAUGAAUCCUUGCUUCAUCCUCAAACCAUGCUGAGUUAUGGAUCUGAUGGGACAAGAGAUGCUGCUGAAAGCUCAGCUGCAAAACUCCUUGACUGUAAGCAAUUUGUAAAAGAUUACAAGCCUGAAAAGGUGUCAAGUGGGAGCCCAUAUCCUGCUUGGAGUGUCUUAUGCCAGCUGGAACUUGUGGAUCAAUCUGAAGAAAAUGUCCCAGAUCCUCCAGCAGAACUACUUGUCUUACCGUUGGAGGCUACUGUUUCUGAGGUCAAGCUUGAAGUGGCUAAGGCUUUUCAAGAUUUGUAUUUGGCAUUCAGAAAAAUUCAAGUUGAAGAGCUGGUUGGUUAUGGUGGUGUUGAUGAUUCCACCCGGGCCAAGCUCUUGUUGGAGUCUACCGGAAUGGUGCGAUUUCGUGGGAGAUGCCUCGGGAAAAAUGUGAAUAGCAAGUUUAGAAUGGAAAGAGGGAUUGAGAGGUGGACUGUGGACUGCAGUUGUGGAGCCAAGGAUGAUGAUGGAGAGAGGAUGCUGGCUUGCGAUGUUUGUGGUGUGUGGCAGCAUACCAGGUGUUCUGGCAUUCAUGACUCAGAUGCAGUGCCAGCAAAGUUUGUUUGCCACAGAUGCAGAGUCCCUACUCAGAUGACUCAAUCUGGCGGACAAUGCAAGGAUGAGACUGUUCCUCCUGUGAGUGGUAACAAUGGCUUUGGAAAGAGUUUGGCAACUCCCCUAUGAUGUUCGAUGAAAUCUGGGGUGUUUCAACAUUUUUGGGUCUAUUUGGUAUUCUUAGGGGAGGUUUCCUCUUGGCCUAAAUGACUGUGUAUAAGGAAACAAGCCUUGUGCAUCUGGGCAGUUGUUUCUCUCUUUCCAAUUCCCGUUUUGUUUUCCAUUGUACAUAGUUUUUAACUACUAAGUCUAAUAAUCCUUUACCUCAGAAAGGUGAAACUGAGGCCAAUGAAGCCUUGGCUCGAUAAGGUAGAGGUCUUGGAUUGGCUAGGCAGCAGAUUGGAAACACAGUUUUUUUCUUUUCCUUUAUAAUUUUGAUUGGAUUUUAUGUUCUUGUAUGUUUCUGAGUGUAUCUCAGAUAAUCAAUCAAAAAGCCUAGAGAAAAAUGAAAUAAAUUUAAAGCGUAGUU